UAGAUGUGGCAGCGUGAUAAAACAUCAUGGUUUCUUAUGCAGGGAAAGACAUUUGGGCCUGAACAGGCAACAACCAUGAACACUUACAAGUGCAUGAAAGUAGGAGCUAAGAAAUAUAAAGAGAAUGGUAGCAACACCUCCAUCGAGAACCUGAAGGCGAAAAAACGCCUUGAUGACUACGAGAAGGGUCUUAAAAGUGCAUAUCCAGAAGAUUGGCAGGAGCGUGAUCUUGAUCCCGCUGUACUGUACUCCACCGGUGGUGGCAUGCCUCAUGGACGGUUUCCGAUAGGUGAUGGCGCAUUCAGGAAGUCAGAAGUUGUUGCUGCUGCUAAAAGAAGCAACAUAAAGCCAGCAAACUCCAUGUCGUAUCAAGAUUUGUUGAGGAAAAACACAUUCUUGGAAAAAAAGAACAAGACUUAUGCUAAACAUAUGAGAUUUUUUUAUACAAAUGCUGAAUUUCCUGUCCCGGAAGACCUUCAAGAUGACUUGAUGGAAGAUGGUGUGCAUGUGAAUCAAUCUUCACCAUCUACAGAAAAUGGCGGCACUCAAGUGAUGGCAUCGUCUCGUGCCGCGGAGCAAAGUGAUACUACCCCAUCAGGCCACCUGCAUACAACUCAAGCAAGGGAUGAAUCACCUUUCUUGGAUGAAUAA